GGUCUGGUCCCUCGCCUUCUGCAUUGAGCAUCAGCUCUCUUCUGCUCCUCUCACCGCACAAUUAAAGAGCUUCGACUGCAUUUCCACUCGACAGAGACCCGCUGUUUGUAAAACAGCAAACGCCAUUUUCACGAGCAGACAUGGAGCGACCGGACAGUUUUGAGAACCCGUUACUCAACGAGAUGAAACAUUUCUGCAAGAGGAUACAAGAGGCCUGCAAUGAGCUGAAGGAAGAUCUCACACCUUACAAAAACGACCGAUUCUACAGGUUGGCUCCCAUGCGUCUCUACACGCUCUCUAAGAGGCACUUUGUUCUGGUUUUUGUGUUUUUCUUCUUCUGUUUCGGCAUCUCCGCCCUCAUCGGUGUGACGGGACCAAAGAUCAUCAGUGAGAAUUACUACAACGGGUUGAGCAUCACUGCUAAUGGGUCAAAGACCGGCCCUUUUCACAUCAAAUCUCAGCCGCUCUCCAACUACAACCAGCAGCUCUGGCUCACCUGCGUCAUUCAGAUUCACAAUAACGUUGGAGAUUUCCGGAGGGAUUUUGGGAUGAAUGUGGAGUUACAGGGUGUGAUGCAGGACGCCAGCGUGAUGCGCAUCAGUGACAACGUUCACAAGAAGAACCGAAGCCUUCACUGUAGUGCAAAUCAGCAGGUGUGCGAUGACAUCAUUGUGUUACAUCUGGGUUACCUGAACUACACACAAUACCACAUCAACAUCAGCUUCAGGAGUCUGGACGAUCUGAAGGACAACAUCAAAAAUGUCACAUUUGUGUUGAAGAUGUACAACGCCACGUUCUCCCAGGUGGAAAUCUGGUUCCGCUUUGUGUUUGUUGUGAUGACCUUCAUAGUGACUUGUAUGUUCGCUCAUUCUCUGAGGAAGUUCUCCAUGAGGGAUUGGGGCAUCGAGCAGAAGUGGAUGUCUAUUCUUCUUCCUCUCCUGCUCCUGUAUAACGAUCCCUUCUUUCCGCUGUCGUUCCUGAUGAACAGCUGGUUUCCCGGAACGCUGGACGCUUUCUUCCAGGCGUCGUUCUUGUGUGCGCUGCUUCUCUUCUGGCUGUGUGUGUAUCACGGCAUCAGGGUGCAGGGAGAGAGAAAGUUCUGGACGUUCUACCUGCCCAAGCUGGUAAUAGUGGGGUUGAUGUGGCUGUCGGCCGUCACGCUGGGAAUCUGGCAAACAGUGAAUGAGCUACAGGAUCCCACAUAUCAAUACAAAGUGGACAUCCAGAACUUCCAGGGCAUGAAGAUCUUCUUCCUGCUGGUGGUGGGCUUGUAUGUGCUGUAUCUGGUGUUUCUGGUGGUCCGUGCGUGCUCAGAACUGAAGAACAUGCCGUACACAGACCUGCGGUUGAAGUUUCUGACAGCGCUGACAUUGCUCGUGUUGAUCAUUAGUAUGGUGAUUCUGUACUUGAGGUUCGGCUCCAGGGCCUUGCAGGAUAACUUUGUUGCAGAACUCUCCACCCACUAUCAGAAUUCAGCUGAAUUUCUGUCCUUCUACGGCCUCCUGAACUUCUAUCUCUAUACGUUAGCGUUCGUCUAUUCACCCUCCAAAAACGCUCUGUAUGACUCCCAGCUGAAGGAUAAUCCAGCUUUCUCUAUGCUCAAUGACUCAGAUGAUGAGGUCAUUUACGGGAGCGAUUAUGAAGAAAUGCCUCUUCAAAACGGCCGUGCCAUCAAAGCAACAGCCAAAUAUCGCGAUGAGAGUGAUAGUGACUGAUCUGACUUCUGAUUGGAGGAGUAUUGAAACCGGUCUGACUCCUGAUUGGUCAGCUCUUGUCAUGUGUAUUUAGCAUCAAGUCUCUUUGGGGAUGUAUAUAGAGUCGCUGUUGAAAUGAUACGUGUCAUUAUUUACUGUUUGUAAAUAUAUAUAUAAAUGCUGAUCUAUUUUUAAAGAGAAAGUGUUUUUGGAAGUGACUCCAGUUAAAUGCGCUCCCGUCGCUCUGCUAAUGACGUUCUGUGUUUGGUUAUACAGUGGUGCACAUAUGUAUUGUACAGCUGAUGUAAAUACUGAAGAUCUGUCAUUGUUCAUUUGUAAAGCCACUGUUUGAUUGAUUGUACUGCAGAAACAUGCAGGUCAUACUUCACCAAACAAUGAAGUUAUGUGUUUUGCAUAGUCAAUUAGGUUUAGUUUUGGAAGUUCAUUUCUGCCUCAUUUCCAAUUGAAUGCAAACAAAUCUAAUCUAAAUGUAAGACUCUACAGUUGAACAUCACAAUUGAAAUACAUUGAUUAGUCUUUACAUUACAGCAAUGAGAAUGUCAGAAUCCCAAAGUCUUCAUUUUAGUCUUUAUUAUCUCCAUCCAAAAUAUGAAAUAAAUGUUGUUUUGAGGGUGAAGUUUGACCUGUACAUUCUGAAAUCUCAUCACACUUCAGAAACUCUGGCUCGUGUAGAGCUCAGAUCUCUUCAUGUGAUUUUAGUUUUUUCUUUUGUAUGAAAAGUAUGACAUCUUGUGUUCUGAUUCUAACAGUUUACAUUCCAAACUGACUCUUUUCUCACAUUCCUUCAGUAUAUUGUUUGUGUCAUGUGAUGUGUUGAGGUGAUAGAGUGUACAGUACAGUACAGUAGUACUAUCACUUAUUUCAACAGGUUUAUUCUGACAGUUCACGUUCAGAUUGAUCAGGCGGAACAAAUGCCUUGUGUUUCUUUUUUAUUGUCAUUGUCUGAACAUGAGGUCAUGAUACAGCACAGCUGCUUGUGAACUGUAGUUCACGUUUAAAGAGAACAAUGUUUGAUUCAUUUUACGCACAGUGACAUAUUUGUCUUCAAAUGAGCUGCUAGAUCCUAAUAAUACCACUUCAUUUUUACAGUGUCAUUUCUGUCGGUCAGAGUUACCCAUGAUUCCAGAUGUCCAGUUAUUUGUGCCUUUGUUUAUAACAUCAUUUCCAGACCUGGCUGAGCUCAGUUCAAAUGCACAAACACAAAAGGAGACAAGCUUUCUCUCAGCUGCACCAUUGUAAUGAGAAUGUUGUACAAAAUGUUCAUUAAAUCUUUAAGACUGGGUCUUCA